AUGUCAUUGAGGGGUCGUUUUGUGUCAAAACGACGGGAACACAAAUACGACUCCAUAAAAAAGGGGAUUCGACAGAGAUGGGAGAACACAAAAAUAGCCGAGACACAUAGCUAUUCUAAAAUCGCUUCCACCAAUGAAACAAUUGAGUCAGACAACUGUCACUCCGUUGACAAUGUCCCAGUAGAUCUAGAAGAGGUUGAGAUUGUUUACACUGAAAAUGUAAUAGACUCCCCUCGUCUUGAAAAGGACUGGAGAUGUGGCCGUAGGUUGAUUGAGCUUGGGGUACUUGCUGAUGGCUUGUCUGCCUCAAAGAAAUGUGGCUCACCCUUACAACUUUCCCACUGCCAAGGAAUAACAAACUUUGGUCUUUCAGCUAUGCUUAAAAUACCUUGCAUGAAUUCUGCUUGCAAAAUGAUCAACAAUGUUCCAACAGGAAAAAGGCAUAAUAAAAUUUGGGAUGCCAAUACAAAGUUAGCAGCAGCUGUACAACACACUGGGAUAGGCUUUGACCAGAUAAGUGGAAUACUGGCUGAGCUAAACAUGCCACCCAUCAGCAGAACACUACUUAGCAGCAGACAAGUAGAGAUUGGAAAAGCUACAGAAUGUAUUGCUUCCUUAUCGAUGCAAGAAGCUCUAGAAGAAGAAGUUAUGGCAACAAACAUAAAGAAACAGUCAUCCAGCAUAAGUGUCAGUGUAGAUGGGGCUUGGCAAAAGCGCGGAAGUGGCCGGUCAUAUGAUAGCCUUACAGAUUUGUACAAAGAAUGUAAUCAACUUUGGUGUCACCAUAAAAGAGACCCAACCAAAAAGUUUACAUCCCUCCCUUAUGGUCGACCAUUGGAGAAUAAAGCUCUGCAGCAAGACCUGGAAGGCAUUUUUAACAAGUUAAAGAAGCAUUCACAGAAAUUAGUCAAUCUUGGAAGCACGCAACCAAACGAAAGUUUUAAUAAAACUGUGGCAUCCAAAGCUCCAAAAAAUCGCCUCUUCAGCAGAACAAUAACCUACAGGGUUGCAGCAAGUGUGGCACAAAAAAAUAUUGGUCAAGGCUAUCUGGUGCAGGUCAACAAGAAGAUUGGCAUUUCCCCGGGAACUUAUACAAGGAGGCUAGCUGCUCUCAAAGACAGAAUAAAUAGACGGAAAAAAGCCAUGUCGAUCACCAAAGAAGCAAAAAGAAAAAUACUGCACCUGAAAGCAGAGAGAAAGCAAAUGACAGCAGCAAGGGAGAUUAGAGAGGGUCCUACCUAUUGCUCAGAAAUUGCCUUGCAGACCCCUACUGGUAUUGGUGAAAUACCAACACCUUUGAGUAAACCGUCCUUUCAGCCAAUUGAAAAUUUAGGCAUUUACCAGCACGUCUACUUUGACCUUGAAACAACAGGGCUAGCCAGAAGCUCACACAUCACACAAAUUGCUGCUGUGUGUGGAUCAGACAGAUUUUCCCAGUACAUUUUACCAAAGAUCCCAAUCACAGACAAAGCUACUGAAGUCACUGGAUUAAGAGUUAUGGAUGGGAAAAUGUUUCAUGACGAUAAAGAAGUGGAUGCUGUACACUUGGUGGCUGCUAUUGAUGCACUUUUGAAUUUCUUCACAAAAUUCCAGUCAAAAGUUGUUUUAGUUGGACAUAAUGUCAAGUCUUUUGACUGCCAUAUUUUUCUGAACUCUCUGCAAAAUUGUGGUAAAACACAGGAAAUUGGUAACUGUGUUGCAGGGUUUGUUGACACAAAACAGUUGUUCAAAGUUUUUGAUUCAAAAGUUGGAUCAUUUUCCUUAGAAAAUUUGUACAAACGCUAUGUGUGCGAACCUUACAAGGCUCAUGAUGCACUAGAGGAUGUUUUAGCGUUACAAAAACUAGUGACCUCUGUAGGUGUGGAUUUGAGUGAUCCAAAGUAUUUGUCUUCUUCAUUCACAUUUUCAAAUGCAGUUGAUAGCCACUCUUAUAGUUUAGAAGUACGCAAGAACUUGCCCUCCUUAGAACAUUUGAUUUCAGAAAAGAUAGUUAGUAGACACAUUGCUAAGAGGAUUGCAGGGAGUGGACUUUGUUUUAUGUUUUUACAACUUGUUUAUAACAGAGAUAGCAAAGAUGGAAUAUACAAUCUCUUUUCUGAAAAUGUGAAAAAAGCUCCACGUGUUACAAAGUCUUUAAAGAUAUGUUCAUCUUUAAACAAAUAUUUUUCAUCAAGUUGUGAAAGUUAAGAUUCUAGACUAGUGUUUUGAGUGUACAUGUACUGCAUGGUUAAUAGUAUAGUUACAUGUAGAUUUGUUUAGCAUUUUUUACACUGAUAACCAAAUCAGCCAAAUUUCAUUUCUAAAUUGAAAAUAUAAUUUCAUUCAACAUUUUUAGAUUUGUGAUCAAUAUAUAGUUACAUGUAUAUGUACAGCUAAGCUAGAUGCCAUAUAUUAAUACAUUUAGCAUUUUUAGCAUUUUUUACACUGAUAUCUGUUAAUCACAUCAGCCCAAAUUUCAUUGUAAACAGGUAGAUAUAAUUUAAUUCAUUGCACAUUUUGAGAUUUGUGAUCAAUAUAUAUUUUAAGUACAGCUAAGAUGCCAUAUAUAAACUGUAUUUUUAGCGUUUUUUACACUGAUAUCUGCCAACCAUAUCAGCCAACUGGAAGAUAAAAUUUUCUUGGUACAUUUUUAGAUUUGUGAUCAAUUUUAUAGUUAUACUAUCAAUUAUUACAGUGUAUAUCAUAAUUAAUUAAUAUUAAUUAAAUGUACAUACAUUUUUAAAAAUUUCAUAAUACAGCUUCAUUUUGUGGCUUUGUUUUUCAAUGUAACAUUAUUAGAUUCAGGGAAAAGAUGUAACUUUUUUAAAAAUCAAUUAAUCUUAUAAAUUUUGUAUCAGAGGAAAUUCGGACGGAAAAUUGUACUUUUUAUUGACUUGAAACAUGAUAAUAACAGCAUUAAUUCAUAAUAUCACAUGUUAUAAAGAAUAUAUUAUCCAACUGCUUGUCUGGCCUUAUUAAUUUUUGUUCUAUAAAUUACAAUAAAAUAUUUUCAUGUUUUUAUUGAAAAAUUUUAAGAUGAGGAAAUUCGAGCUAAUCUGAAAAUCUUAUAUGCAUGAAUACCUAACAAUUCCUUUACUGUAAAUGAUUUGCUCACUACUUAUCUUCACUAUGAAUGUAAAACAAAAAAAUUCUGAAUAUAUAAUACAUCGAAAAAAAUCCAUUAGAUGGGGAUUAACGAACACCAAAAUAUUAAUUCUUCAAGUGUACAGAGGAAAUUCGGAAUACAUUUUUUGUGAGAUUCAAGCACAAAAGUUCGUUUUUUUUAC